UUUCCUUAAAACGAAACGAAGAACAGGUUGAAACGCUACAAGUCCCGAUGAUUUCCGACGCCAUAAGAGAUGAAUUCAACAGAAAAGGAACCAAAAUCAAGGCAUAGCCAUGGACACAAUCCAGCACAGAACCGUGAGCGUCAAUGGCAUAAACAUGCACGUAGCCGAGAAGGGUGAAGGCCCCAUUGUGCUGUUCAUCCAUGGCUUCCCAGAUCUUUGGUACACAUGGCGCCAUCAGAUUUUGGGCUUGAGUUCACUCGGUUAUCGCGCUGUGGCGCCGGAUCUUCGCGGGUAUGGCGAUUCUGAUUCCCCUGAUUCGAUUUCUAGCUACUCCAUUAUGCAUAUUGUUGGGGAUCUUGUUGCUCUUGUUGAGAGUCUUGGAGUUAAGCAGGUUUUUGUUGUGGCGCAUGAUUGGGGCGCGAUUAUCGCUUGGUCUUUGUGUUCGUUCCGCGCUGAUAUUGUGAAGGCUUUUGUGUGUCUGAGUGUGCCGUUUAGACCUAGGAAUCCGAUGAUGAAGCCUGUUGAGACAUUUAGGAAGGUUUUUGGCGAUGAUUACUAUAUCUGCAGAUUCCAGAAUCCGGGAGAGAUUGAAGAAGAGAUGGCCGAGGUGGGUGCGAAAGCAAAAGCAGUGUUACAAAGCAUAUUGACAACAAGAAACCCAGGUCCUCUCAUUUUGCCCCCCAAAGGACAAGCCUUCAAAGCCAGGCCUGGAUCCCCUCCUCCUCCCUUGCCGUCUUGGCUCUCAGAACAAGAUCUUUCUUACGUUGCCUCCAAAUAUGAGCAGAAGGGCUUCACUGGACCACUGAACUAUUACAGAUCAAUGGACUUAAACUGGGAGCUAACAGCCCCAUGGACAGGGAUGGAAGUGAAAGUGCCAGUGAAAUACAUAGUUGGAGAUGCUGACAUUGUGUAUACAACACCAGGAGUUAAGGAGUAUGUCAAUGGCGGAGGCUUCAAGAAGAAUGUGCCAUUUCUACAAGAAGUUGUGAUAAUGGAGGGAGUUGCGCAUUUUCUCAACCAGGAGAAGCCUGAAGAGAUAAACACUCACAUCCUUAACUUCAUCAAAAAAUUCUAGUUUCAUUCAACAAAACACAGUGCUUGUCUCUUUGUAUGUUUGAGAAUCACAUAUUUUCAUGAACCGUUUGUUUGUUUUUUAGAUUAACAAGUCAUUGUGAACUUUAGCUAUUAUGAAAUUUCUUUACGAUUAAGGGUAA